AUGAGCACCACCAGCAGUUUCUCCCCCAUCCCCAGCUACCUCCUCGGCGCGCUCUGCCUCGCCCUGGGCCUGAACAGCAUCCUGCGCCCAUCCAACGAAUAUCCCCGCUUCGGACUGCCGUUUGAAUCCGGCCCUGCAGGCACCGCCCGCAAACCUUCUAAGCCUACCAAGCCUACCACCGGCGCGAACGACGCCUGCGUCAGCCCCCUGAUCCACCUCAAAGGCAUCCGCGAGACGAGCUACGGGCUGGCUUUGAUCGCGCUGCAGUAUCAAGGUCAGGAUGUGGCGGUGACGACUAUUGCGGCUAUUUGUGCGCUCGCGGGCCUGGGGGAUGGGUUUGUUGUGUGGAAGUAUGGGGGGGAGGAGUUCAGGGUGAAGGCGUUGGGGCAUUGGUUGGCGUUUUUGGGGUUUGGGGGGUGGGCUGCGUGGAGGGUUUAUUUUUGA